UUUAAACGUGUUUUUUAAAAUUCGUUUGUUAAGUUGAUUGAUGCUUAACACGUACGUGUUUUGCGGUUAAAGCAUCUGAAGUCAAAUAAUCGAGUUUACCUGAGCUGCUCUUGUUUACAUACACGGGGUCCCCCUUUGCAGUAACGGAUCUAAAUAAAGUAACAGUUUGCUCGCACAUUCAACGUCACGCGUGGGUUAGUUUCAUUCGUGCACUCAAUAAAGUGCUCCCUAAAAUUAAACUAUUGGAUUACACACAUCGCGCAAUGGCUCUCACACUGCUACCCAGUUUUAAUGUUAUUGUGUACUGUACUUAUUUUGACAUUUUGUGACCACUAUGUAUUUCCAGUCGCCAUGGCCGCGGCCCCCCCACUUCGACGCACCGACUCAUCCAGGGGGGAGUUUUCCCCCCUGAAACACUUUGUUGUGGCCAAAAAGACCAUAAGUGUCCUGUUUGAGCAGCUUCUCAAUUAUGUGACAGAGACCUCCGAGUUUGUGGAAGGGUUCAGUAUGACAUCGGUCCACCCUUUGCAGCUAUAACAGCUUCAACUCUCCUGGGAAGGCUGUCCACAAGGUUUCGGAGUGUGUUUAUGGGAAAUUGUUACCAUUCUUCCAGAAGCGCAUUUGUGAGGUCACACACUGAUGUUGGACGAGAAGGCCUGGCUCUCAGUCUCUGUUCUAAUUCAUCCCAAAAAGUUCUCUCGGGUUUAGGUCAUGACUCUGUGCAGCCCAGUCAAAUUCAUCCCCACCAGACUGUCAUCCAUGUCUUUAUGGACCUUGCUUUUGUGCACUGGUGCACAGUCAUGUUGGAAGAGGAAGGGGCCAGCUCCAAACAGUUCAGUUCCCACAAUGUUGGGAGCAUGGAAUUGUCCAGAAUCUCUCGGUAUCCUGAUGCAUUCAGAGUUCCUUUCACUGGAACUAAGUGGCUAAACCCAGCUCCUCAAAAACAACCCCACACCAUAAUCCCCUGUCCACCAAACUUUACACUUGGCAAAAUGCAGUCAGACAAGUACCGUUCUCCUGGUAACCACCAAACCCAGACUUGCCCAUCAGAUUGCCAGAUGGAGAUGCGUGAUUCGUCACACCAGAGAACGUGUCUCCACUACCCUUGAGUCCAGUACGGCGUGCUUUACACCACUGCAUCCAGCGCUUUGCAUUGCACUUGGUGACAUAUGGCUUAGAUGCAGCUGCUCGGCCAUGGAAACCCAUUCCAUGAAGCUCGGUGCACACUGUUCUUGAGCUAAUCUGAACGCCACAUAAAGUUUGGCGGUCUGUAGAGAUUCGCCAGAGAGCGAAACCUCUUCGCACUAUGCGCCUUAGCAUCCGCUGACCCCGUUACGUCACUUUACGUGGCCUACCGCUUCAUGGCUGAGUUGCUGUCGUUCCAAAACGCUUCCACCUUCUUAUAAUACAGAUGACAGUCGACUGUGGAAUAUUUAGGAGUGAGGACAUUUCUCGACUAGAGUUUUUGUACAUGUGGCAUCCUAUCACAGUCCCACACUGGAAGUCACUGAGCUUCUGAGAGCGACCCAUUCGAUCACAAAUGUUUGUAUAAACAGUCUGCAUGCUUAGAUGCUUGAUUUUAUACACCUGUGGCCAUGGAAGUGAUUGGGAGACCUGAAUCCGAUUAUUUGGAUGGAAACAUGCGAGAAUAAAGCGAUGGAGAAAAUUGCAAGUCUGGAUCAAAAGUUGGAGAUCCAGGCGUAUGCAGAUAAACUUGCUGUCAUCAAGGAGGUGCUGGCUCGCAGACACAUGAAAGUGGCCUUUUUUGGAAGGACAAGUAACGGUAAAAGCACAGUGGUCAACGCCAUGCUGAGGGAUCGCGUGCUGCCCAGCGGUAUCGGUCACACCACCAACUGCUUCCUGAGUGUGGAAGGGACUGAUGAGGAUAAGGCCUACCUCAAGACUGAGGGCUCAGAGGAGGAGAAGAGCAUAAAGACAGUCAACCAGCUGGCUCAUGCCCUCCACAUGGACGAGAGUUUGGAUGCUGGCUGUCUCGUUCGUAUAUUUUGGCCAAAGACCAAGUGUGCCCUGCUUCGGGACGACCUGGUGCUUGUAGACAGCCCGGGGACAGAUGUCACGUCAGAGUUGGACAGCUGGAUAGACAAGUUUUGUCUGGACGCUGAUGUCUUCGUGCUUGUUGCCAACUCUGAAUCCACGCUCAUGAACACGGAAAAGCAUUUUUUUCACAAAGUCAACGAACGGUUGUCAAAGCCCAACAUCUUCAUCCUCAACAAUCGCUGGGACGCCUCUGCAAAUGAACCUGAAUACAUGGAAGAUGUGAGAAAGCAGCACACAGAUCGUUGUGUUAACUUCCUGGUGGAAGAGCUGAAGGUCGUGGACCGUGAACAGGCACCCAACCACAUUUUCUUCGUCUCUGCCAAAGAGGUGCUCAACUCCCGCAUGCAGCGGGCACAGGGCAUGCCCGAGACAGGUGGUGCCCUGGCCGAGGGCUUCCAGGAGAGACUUAAAGAGUUCCAGAGCUUUGAAAGGAGGUUUGAGGAGUGUAUCUCGCAGUCAGCAGUGAAAACAAAGUUUGAGCAGCACACUAUCAGGGCCAAGCAGAUCACAGAAAAAGUCCAGUGCAUCAUGGACGCCAUCAACAUCGAGGCGGCGGAGAAGAGAGUAGCAGCACUGGAGGACAGGGAAUAUCAAAUAGACCGUCUGGACUUUGUGAGGAAUCAGCUCAGACUGCUGAUUGAUGACAUCAAUAAGAAGAUCAAGGCCAUCAGUGAGGAUGUGGAGUCAAAGGUGUCUGACGCCAUGGGUGAGGAGAUCUGCCGUCUGCAUGUGAUUGUGGACGAGUUCCAUGCGGACUUCCACCCCUCGCCCCAGGUCCUCAAGCUCUACAAGUCUGAGCUGUUGUCCCAUGUGGAAGAGGGGAUGGGCAAGAACCUGGCCUUCCGCUGCUCAGAUGCUGUCAACGCCUCCGUCCAGUCUAUUCAGAGAUUCAUGACAGAGAGCAUGUUCCCGUUGCUGCCCGCCGUCAGCCAGAACCAAAUCCACAUGCUGGUGCCCAGCCGGAAACUGGACCUGAGUUACGACCUCAACUGCGCCUCGCUGUGCAGCGACUUCCAGGAGGACAUAGAGUUUCGCUUUUCUUUUGGCUGGACGGCAUUGGUGCACCGUUUCCUGGGAUCCGUCCAUGCCGAGAGAGCCCUCAAACUGGUGGACCAGAAACUGCAGGCUUCUCUACCAGCUCUGCCCUCGGCCACAACGCCCUCCUCAGGACCCCCGUCCACCGUCGCGCCACCCAACCACGAGACAGCCCUCAUGAGCCAGGAAGACCUGAUGGUCGCCAUGGCAACCAACGCUGCAUCCCUCACCUCCCGCACAUCAAUGAGCGCUAUUGUCGUCGGAGGAGUGGUGUGGAAGACAUUGGGCUGGAGGCUGAUCGGCAUGAUGGCCUCCCUCUACGGUUUGCUGUACCUGUACGAGCGCCUCACGUGGACCACCAAGGCCAAGGAGCGCAGCCUGAAGCGCCAGUUUGUGGACUACGCCACAGACAAGCUACAGCUCAUCAUCAGCUUCACCAGCGCCAACUGUAGCCACCAAGUGCAGCAGGAGAUGGCGACCACCUUCGCUCGGCUGUGUAAUCAGGUGAAGCAGACGCAGGUGGAGCUCGAGGCAGAAAUCCAGCGACUGAGUGCCAACGUCGAUCAGCUGGAGAGCGUCCAGACACGCGCCAAGAGUCUGCGGCACAAAGCUAGUGAGCUGGAGAAACAGUUGGAGACAUUUACAAAGCAGUACCUGCAGCCUCAACACUGAAGUCAGUCUUCGGAAAGGCACAAAAUAAUCCAUCGACAAAAGCAUUUUUCCCACAACUUCACAGCCAUAAAGAUUAUGGAUGAUUCUGUUCUCUUUAGUUCCAUUAGGAAUUGUUUUUUUUAUUAUUGUUUCAUAAUAAACCACCUGUUUAAGUCUUGGACUUGUCCACUCUAUGUGACAGUAGUAUCAUAAAGAAUACUAACUAUCGGGGUGCUAUAUUUGUACACUAAUGUGCUUCAGACUGUGAAUAUGCCUUUUUUGACAAAUGUUUGUGAAAUAAAUGAUCUUUUUGUGUCUGUCAGACGGCACAUGUGUUGGCAACAAAAAAUGCAUUUACUAUUGAGAGAUAAUUUGGGAUGUAGUGCAAAUCUAUUGUAUAUACAUCACCUGAUUAAAAGUAUUUCCUCAAAUUGUGGCCAAGGGUGCUUAUUUAAUCAACUGCAGAGGCUACCUGGCAUCGAAUAGGAGUAAGGUAGGCGUCUAUCUGCACAAAUGCAUUUUUUUAUUUUUUUAAAUGCAAUUAUUUUUCACCCUGAAUGCUUCCCGCUGCAUACAGCAGUGCUUUCUCUUUAAACUACACUGUAAACUUCAGCUUUACAGAUGCCACGUCUACUCAGCAGUUGUGAUUUUUAUGACAUCUCGACUAGGGUGUGGUCAAGCAGAUAAUGCAUUCAUUGGGGUACAGACACUCUGAGGAAAUACUAUUUUCUUUCAAUUGAAAAUGUAAAAAAAAAAAUAUAUAUAUAUAUAUAUAUAUAUAUAUAUAUAGUGUAUAUUUUUUUUCCUGAACCAAUAUCUGAUUUGUCGAGCUAAGGAACGAUAAUGAAAACUCAUAUUCAAUAUGCACUUUUUAAACUGCUCCCAUCUCGCCUGUGUUUGUGUCCGAAUGCUCCAAGAGAUGCAAGUUUGGAAUAA